AUGGGCACCACAGCCAGCAACCUCUUCCGCGGCGGCGCCCCACCGCCGUCGAAGAGGCUCCGCCGCGCGAGCGACCUGCCCGCCAUUCAGAGCGUCGAGGAUUUGUUUCCGCCCGAGGUGUUCUUCAAAACCGUCGCGGGCGGCUACUUGGAGGCCGAAGAGAUCGGGAACAUAGCUUGUGCGAACCGCCAGUUCAAGGAAACGUCCUACAACCCGCGCAUGACUACGGGCCGCGGUUGUAUCGCAUUGAUAGGCCAGGGCUGCUCGCCGUCCGUCCCCGAGGCGAAGAAGUGGUUCAAGAUCGCCGCAGAGCUGCACGGCACGCGCGAAGCGCUAUUAUUCCUCGGCGAGUGGGCGUCUGGCGGCACGACGACAUUUAUGAAGUUUUUUGUGCGCAGCCGCUCCGCAGACCCCGUCGACCCCGUCGAAGCCGAGACUCUCUUCCGCGCCGCGGUCGCAGCCGACGAUUCUCCGUCGGAGAGCUACUGCAUCUUUGCGCCGGCGGGACACGCGCACGAUCUCGCACGAAUUGGUCUCGCGACGAUGCUCAUGAAGAAAGGUGGCGACGACGCGCUCGUCGAGGCGGCGAGCUUUCUCGACGCGGUCCUGGACCACGACAAUAUCCCCGCGACCCAACAACAGAUGCGCCGCCCGAACAGCGAGGCGGGGGCCCUGAGAGCGGAGAUAAUUCUCCAGCAACAAGCACCUGGGGCGCUGGCCGAGGCGCUCGAGCUCGUGGAAGCCAUACCGGCGGCGGACCUCGAAGGGAUCGAAGGGUCGAACUGCGCGUACGUGCUCGGCAAAAUUUACAAGGCGCUCGACGAAGAAACUCCGAACGACGAGCACGCGCGACGGGCCUGGGAGCACAUCAACGCGGCCAUGGGCGUGGGCCAUCCGCGCGCCGCGUUCGACGUGGGACAGAUGGCGGAGCGCGGUCGGGGGACGCCGGUGCACCUGCUCACGGCCUACACCGGGUACUGCAUGGCGGUCAGUAGACCCGUCCCGGACGAGCGCGCGGUCGCGCGUCUGCGCGAAGUCGCGGCGGGCCCGCAAAUGCCCGUGGAGCUCAUGGUGGCGAUCGUGCGCGUACGUCAGUACAACGCCCAGGCCGAUGAAGUCGUCCAGGGCAACGCCACGUUCGAGCAAGCCAUGGAACACAUGAACGACCCCAACCAGACGCUCGCCUUGUUGGGCAUCCCGGCGGUGGAUCCGGCGCCCCAGUGA